ACCCCACCAUAUAUAAAUAUAGCUCACAUUCCUUGGCUCUCUAUAUAGAUACUUAUGGAAGGAAGCCAUCAAGAGAUGCAGCUCUUCUCCUGCGCCGCCGCGGCCGCAUCUCCUCUGUCAAAGCCGGGCGAUCACGAUCCGCCGCUGGACCUCCAGCUGUCCAUAAGCCUGAGCACGCCGGCGAUGAGGAAGAUGAGGGCCCCACCGAGCUGCGUGGAGGCUCUCCGGUGGCAGGCGGCGGAGCAGAUUCGGCUGGCGACGACGGAGAAGGCGUACGCGGAGCGCGUGAGGGAGCUGACGCGGAGGGAGAUGGAGAUGGCGCAGUCGGAGUUCGCACGCGCGCGCGCCAUGUGGGAGAGGGCGCGCGAGGAGCUGCAGAGAGCCGAGAGGAUCAAGGAGAGGCUGGAUUCCAUCUCCGCCACGUGUCACUCCUGCGGGACCCAACAACGACACAGCAUUAUGGAGGUAGCCCUUUGUCUGCCCUCGAUGAUCAUUGUAAUGCAAGUAGACAAGUUAGUCAUAGAAUGUGAGCCAAGUUUCAAAAGUAUAUCUAUGAGUCAUGUGGGACAAUAUUUGAGAUUGUAAAUAAUCUUAUUCAUCAACAGGCAAAAUAUAGUUCAUUGUCUUAA